AUGUCCCCACCGAAGCCGAAAAAAGUUAAAAAGGCUCAGCCAAAGGCUAAAGUAACUCAGGUUGAAUCUGAGGAUACUUUACCUAUUUCCAAGUUGGCUAAGAGUGACAAAUCUCAACCCUCUACUGGGAAGAGGCACUCUGAAACCCAGCCAUCAGAAUCUCAAAAAUCAAAGAAGCCGAGGUCAUCCUCUACAACAACCUCGGGGUCCAAAAUACCAAACAUCCCCUGGGCGCCUGAAAUUACUCUAGAAGAUAAGCCUGUUAUGGCUAGUGAUAGCACCGAUGAUAUCAAUGUCGGCGUCGCCCUCAGUACUGCUCUACUUCUUCCAGGCGAUCUUGACAGGAACGCCAAGAUGAGCGAGUAUGAGAACUAUGCUUUCAUGCUUCAACGUUCUGUUCAAGCCAUUCAGCAUGCCCAUUCUCUCUCCAUGCAAGCCUUUGAAAAUCGGAAGAAAUUGGUCGACAUGAAGAGGGAGUUUUCUGCCCUUCAAAAGGCCAAUAAAAACCUUCAAUCAAAAAUGAAGAAGUUGGAGGAUCAGGCUGAGGCUGCUAUCAAAGCCCAGACUAAGGCCGAAGAGAAGGCCGAUUCUGCCGAGGCCAUAAGGAAGGUUGCUAAGUCCCAGAGAAAAGAGGCUGAGAAGAAAAUGGCCCAGGCCGAAAAGGAGCUUCAGGAGGCCCUGGCCACCAAAGACACCGAAAUCAAAGAAGCUGAUGAAAAGGCAAAUGCCGAUGAUAUUCCUCUUCCAUUCCCUCCACCUUCUCCACCAGCUCAGUCCGAUGAAGAUUCAGAAUCUGAAGAUGAGGAAGAGGAUGAUGCCUUGGUGAGAAAAGCAAAGGAGGCUACUGCGUCCAAGUCCCCUCCUCAAAAUGAGCAAGUCCUGGACUUAACUCAAGACGAGGAGGUUGAGGAGGUUCCCAAGGAUGUGAUUCCUCCAAAGGUAUCAUCAGAUUCACUUCUUGCUGAUAAGAGUGUUGAUGAGACCCUUGCCCAAAUUGAUGCCGAGAUCGCGGCGGAGAAGGCGGCUGAGGUAUCUUCUCAGCAGUCCUCUGACGUCCAAACCCAGCCUACUGCCGAUGUUGGGGAAUCUUAG